CCCUAAGCGUAGGGAAGUGAAAUGAUUUGCGCUUUUACGAAUGGAAUCUUCAUCGUCUGAUGGACUUAAAAAAUUCAGAGAUUCAAAUGGGAGGACCACCGGCCCUACACGGAGAUCAACAAAGGGGCAAUGGACUGUACAAGAGGAUGAGAUAUUGCGGAACGCUGUUGAGCGGUUUAAAGGCAAAAACUGGAAAAAAAUCGCUGAAUGUAUCAAGGACCGAAGCGACGUCCAAUGCUUACAUCGGUGGCAGAAAGUGUUAGACCCGGAACUUGUAAAAGGCCCUUGGACAAAAGAGGAAGAUGAUGAACUAACUCGAUUAGUAGGGGAAUAUGGAGCUAAAAAAUGGUCAACUAUUGCUAAACGUUUAAAUGGUCGCAUUGGUAAGCAGUGUCGUGAGAGGUGGCAUAACCAUCUGAACCCUGAGAUAAACAAGGAGGCUUGGACUCAGGAGGAAGAGAUAAUGUUGAUACAGGCUCAUCAAGUCUAUGGAAAUAAAUGGGCAGAGCUAACAAAAUUCUUGCCAGGGAGAACGGAUAAUUCUAUUAAGAAUCACUGGAAUAGCUCUGUGAAAAAGAAGUUGGACACCUACUUGUCAUCAGGAAUGCUUUCACAGUUCAUAAGCUUGCCUUUUGUUAGCCAUACAAAUCAAUCAACUCCAACGUCAUCCAGGACUCAACAAGGUAGUGCAGAAGGUGAGGAAAUCUCAGAAUGCAGUCAAGGUUCAAGUUUUAUGAGAUUUUCAGAGCCCAAUAAGGAGAUGGCGAAAGAAAUGGUUGUAUACACUGGGGAAGAAGAUCAAUCUGCUGACAUAUCAAAAGUAAUUAUUGUAGACGAGACCCAACUACCUGUAGAUUCAAAUCAUGUCAAUGACCCAAGCGGUUUUCCAAAAGAAAGUCAACCUUGUGGUGUAGCUAAUUUUUCUGAUUUUAUUGAACAACAUCACUCCCAUGAUUUACAAAACCCACUAGAUUCAAGAGGGGAAACAGAAUUUUUGCACUCUAUAGAUUUUGAUCAGAACCAGGAAGCAGCAACACAUUCGAUACCAAAUUGUGAGGUGAAUAAAGUAUUUGGUUCUGAUACUGCCACACAAAUGUUGACACCCAAAGAUGACCGUUCAAGAUUAUCAAACUCUUAUCAGCAAUCCAACUGUCAAAUUCCGCAUGCAGGCACUCUAAAUUCACUAUCAUAUCGUUCAGAACUUUUGGUAGAUGCAUCCUGUUCACAGCCACCCCCUGUUACCUCCAAUAGUGAAUCCAAUCAGUUUAACGGUUCUUCUUUUGGAAACCAAGUGGCACUUAGAAUUGAUGAUGAUACUAGAAAUACUUGUAUCUUUAACGAUCAAGAUAAUGUAUCAUAUCGUUCAGAACAUGUGGGAGCUGCAUCCUGUUCACAGCCACCCCCUGUUACCUCCAACAGUGAAUCCAAUCAGUUUCACCGUUCUUCUGUUGGAAACCAAGCGGUACUUAGAUUUAAUGAGGAUACUAGAAAUACUUGUAUCUUUAACGAUCAAGAUGGUGUAUCAUAUCAUUCAGAACUUUUGGCAGCUGCAUCCUGUUCACAGCCACCCCCUGUUACCUCCAAUAGUGAAUCCAAUCAGUUUCACGGUUCUUCUGUUAGAAACCAAGCGGCACUUAGAAUUAACCAUGGUACUAGAAAUACUUGUAUACUUAACGAUGAGGAUAAUGUAUGGGCAUUAGAUAAAAGUGAUAAAGUUACAGAUUCUCUGGAUCUUCUACCUGCAGAUGGUUUUAGUUCAGGACAAUUCCAUGCUACUCAAGCUGGUGAAAACAAUGUCUUAGAUACUCAUAUCUUUAAUGAUCAAGUUGAUGUACUGACACUGGAUAAAAAAGAUCAAGUUAUGGAUCCUUUGGAUGUUGUAUCUGCAGGUGGUUUUAGUUCAGGACAAUUACAUGCUACUCAAGCUAAUGAAAACAAUGUCCUAGAAGCUCAACAGCAGGAGACAAGAUCUCUGUCUUAUGAGCCUCCACGUAUCCCGGGUUUGGACUCCCCAUUCUUGAGCUGUGAUUUGAUAGAUACUGGUGGUGAUUUGCAACUUGAAUAUAGUCCUCUUGGUAUUCGUCAGCUGAUGUCAUCAAUAAACUGUUAUAGUCCAUGCAGAUUAUGGGACUCCCCUUCAGAUCAUGACAGCCCCGAGGCUGUACUGAAAAGUGCUUCUAAGACUUUUAAUUGCACACCAACUAUAUUGAAGAAGAGAAACCGCGAUCUGUUGUCACCUUUGUCUGAGAAACGGAAUUUCACAUUCUUUAACUCACUAAAAGAUUUAAAUCAAGUAUACGAAAACAAAAAUCAGCAGUUACCAUCAUCGAGCCAAACUGUAGAUUCUGGUGCGAUUACUAUCGAAGAUAAAGAAAAUUUGAACCCAAAUGAUGAAAUGGUUCAAAAGGAUCGUGGCAAAAAUACAACAAUAAACAUGCAACAGCCAGCUGGAGUUUCUGGGGAACACAAUCUUGAUGGUGAUCUUCGAAAUGAUACUUCAGUUGAGUCAUUGCAAAUGUUUGAGGAAACUCCGCUCAAGAAAAAUUUUGAAUCACCUUCCUCUUGGAAGUCCCCUUGGUUAUCUUUCGAAUCACCUUCUGCUUGGAAGUCUCCUUGGUUACCCUUCGCACCUGGUCCCAGAGUUGAUACAGAUAUAACAAUUGAGGAUUUUGGUUACUUCACGAGUCCCGGUGAAAAAAGCUAUGAUGCUCUUGGAUUAAUGAAACAGCUAAGUGAACGUACUGCUUCAGCAUAUGCCAAUGCUCGGGAGGUUUUGGGAGAUGAAACUCCUGAUUCCAUACUUAAAAAACGACUCUCAGAAAAGAGUCGGCGAGAAUCAAAUAUCCUGAGUGAGAGGCGGGCGUUGGACUUUACCGAAUGUGGGAGUCCAAUGAAGAGAGAGCGGAAUGCACGACAUCCAAGUGGCGUAAGUUUCUCGAGCCCAUCAUCCUACCUGUUAAAAGGAUGCAGGUAAGGUAGAUUCAGUUGUGUGCAACAUAUCGGCUCCGACUUGUUAAGUUCAUUACAUUUUUGUUUUGUUAUGAAAUUGUUGUUAACAUAUGGAUUAACACCCUAUAAGAUUAUGGAAUGGAGUUACACAUGCAUAUACCCCUCAUAUUUGUGUGUAAACUUCCCAUUUCUUAAAUUUUGAUGAGUUUCCAUUAAUUUGUAUCUAUGGUGGU